CUCCCGCACACCCCUCCGUUGCUCGGGUCCCACCAGGCUGAGGCGCUGCUGCCGAGCGCGGAACCGAGACGUGGCUCCCAGGCGAAGGAGCCAUGUUGGACUUCGCGAUCUUCGCCGUUACCUUCUUGUUGGCGUUGGUGGGAGCGGUGCUCUACCUCUACCCGGCUUCCCGACAAGCUGCAGGAAUUCCAGGGAUUACUCCAACAGAAGAAAAAGAUGGUAAUCUUCCAGAUAUUGUGAACAGUGGAAGUUUGCACGAGUUCCUGGUUAAUUUGCAUGAGAGAUAUGGGCCUGUGGUCUCUUUCUGGUUUGGCAGGCGCCUUGUGGUUAGUUUGGGCACUGUUGAUGUGCUAAAGCAGCAUAUCAACCCCAAUAAGACAUCGGACCCUUUUGAAACCAUGCUAAAGUCAUUAUUAAGGUAUCAGUCUGAUAGUGGGAACGUGAGCGAAAACCUCAUGAGGAAAAAGUUGUACGAAAAUGGUGUGACUGAUUCUCUGCGGAGUAAUUUUGCUCUCCUGCUAAAGCUUUCGGAAGAAUUAUUGGAUAAAUGGCUCUCCUACCCAGAGUCCCAACAUGUCCCUCUCUGCCAGCAUAUGCUUGGCUUUGCGAUGAAGUCUGUUACGCAGAUGGUAAUGGGUAGUACAUUUGAAGAUGAACAAGAAGUCAUUCGCUUCCAGAAGAAUCAUGGCACAGUUUGGUCGGAGAUUGGAAAAGGCUUUCUAGAUGGAUCACUUGAUAAAAGUACAACUCGGAAAAAACAAUAUGAAGAUGCCCUUAUGCAACUGGAAUCUAUUUUAAAGAAAAUCAUAAAAGAACGAAAAGGAAGGAACUUCAGUGAACAUAUUUUCAUUGACUCCUUAGUACAGGGGGACCUUAAUGACCAACAGAUCCUAGAAGACAGUAUGAUAUUUUCUCUGGCCAGUUGCAUAAUAACUGCAAAAUUGUGCACCUGGGCAGUCUGUUUUUUAACCACCUAUGAAGAAGUUCAGAAAAAACUAUAUGAAGAGAUAGACCAAGUUUUUGGGAAGGGACCUGUAACUCCAGAGAAAAUUGAGGAGCUCAGGUAUUGUCGGCAAGUGCUUUGUGAAACUGUUCGGACUGCCAGACUGACCCCAGUUUCUGCCCGGCUUCAAGAUAUUGAAGGAAAGAUUGACAAAUUUAUCAUUCCUAGGGAGACCCUUGUCCUUUAUGCCCUUGGAGUGGUGCUUCAGGAUCCCAGUACUUGGCCAUCACCAUACAAGUUUGAUCCAGAGCGGUUUGAUGAUGAAUCGGUAAUGAAGACUUUCUCCUUGCUUGGAUUCUCAGGCACACAGGAAUGCCCAGAGCUGAGGUUUGCAUAUAUGGUGACCACAGUACUUUUGAGUGUACUGGUGAGGAGACUGCACCUACUUUCUGUGGAGGGACAAGUUAUUGAAACUAAGUAUGAACUGGUAACAUCAUCCAAGGAGGAAGCUUGGAUCACUGUCUCAAAGAGAUAUUAAAAUUGUAUACACUUAACUUUGUUGAGGGAAAUGACCGUUUAGAAAAUAUGUAUUGAAUCCUUUUAUAAGCCAAGCAUCAUUGUAUAAUAUAAACACCUAUUAGUACUUCAUCAUGUAAAUUUGAAUUUUUGUGUGUCAGUUUCUUAAUGCAUCAUAUACCUUUAUACUUAUUGCAUCAAUAUAGUGAUAAUUUU